AUGGCAGCAGAGUGGCUGAAAUGGUCGUGUGUGUGGCUGCUGUUGUGGUUCCGUGUUCGGGCGUCUGAGACCGGAGACACCCGAGCUUCUCUGGGUGCUGACAUCCUCCUGCCCUAUGCCCAUGGACAUGGUCCCAACCAUUCUUACCGCCAUGUCAGAGAUUGUCAGCCUGCUAUUUAUGGCAACACCACCCAUGAGACCUGGCCCGCCGCUACGCAUGGCGGGGCGCCGGUAGCAGAGUCUAAGAUUUUUGUGACAAAUGUCCAAAGAAGUGCCAAAUGGGUUUAUGGUCAUAUGACUGUGGUCCACGACCCGCUGGGGACGGUGUCUGUGUUGGAGCCUGGAGGGUCAGACGGCUGCCGGAUGGCUCGCACAGUGUCUGUGGAGGAGACGGCUAAAGCCGCGGGGUGUCUGUACGCCCAGAACGCCGGCUUCUUCAUGACAAACUCAGGAGAGUGUUUGGGAAACGUGGUGAGCGACAGCAGGCUGGUGCGGGACAGCGGCGGAGUGCAGAACGCCCAGUUUGGAAUCAGGAGAGACGGCAGCCUGGUGUUCGGAUAUCUGUCACAGGAAGAUGUUUUGGAUCAGUCCAACCCUUUUGUCCAGUUGGUCAGCGGCGUCAUUUGGCUGCUGAGGAAUGGUGAGAUUUACAUCAACCAGAGUCUGGAGGCCGAAUGUGACAAGACACAGGAGACAGGGAAUUUGCACUAUUUUGCGAAUGUGGUGUCAGCCAGGACAGCAGUGGGCCACGAUGCCGAGGGAAAACUGAUACUGUUCCAGAUAGACGGACAAACAGAAGUUAGGGGAAUGAAUCUUUGGGAGUUUGCUGCGUUCCUGAAAGAGAAUGGAGUGAUCAAUGCCAUUAAUUUAGAUGGAGGCGGGUCUUCCACCUAUGUGGUUAAUGGUUCCCUGGCCAGCUACCCCUCAGAUCACAGCAAACCGGAUGCCAGGUGGCGCCAGGGCCGGAAUGUGUCCACCAUCCUGUGUGUUCAUGAGCGCCGCUGCCAGCCGCAGAACUGCAGUGGACGCGGUGAAUGUGUGGAUGGACACUGCCGGUGCCAGAGAGGCUGGCAGGGUACCGCCUGCGACUCCCUGGUGUGUCAGCCUCCUGCCUGUGGGCCCCACGGCUUCUGUACAGCCGACGGCUGUGUGUGUGAUGCUGGAUGGAGAGGAAACAACUGCAGUCAAGAAUGUUUGCCCGGUUUCUACGGUGACAGGUGCAAUCAGACGUGCUCCUGUGUAAAUGGCGGCUCCUGCGACCCUGUGCAUGGACGCUGUAGCUGCCCUCCUGGUUUCCAUGGUGAAACUUGUGGACAAGUGUGCCCUUUGGGUUUCUUUGGUGUGUCGUGCGCUCAAGAGUGUCGCUGUGACGACUUGUGUCCCUGUGAGCCGCGAACGGGAAGCUGCAACGCCACGAUGAACGGAGACGCCAACUCCACCUUACACAGAGCUGGACACUGCCUGGCCAAACAGAUGUUGACAUCUUGGCUAAAAGAGGAAGACGCUCACAGAGAGCAGCCUUAUCUGGCAGAGAGGACGUGGCUGAUAAUCACCCUCACCCUGGCUUCUCUUCUGUCUGCCAGCCUGGUGGUUCACCUCGUGCAGGCCUGUCGCAGCGCCGCGCCGGCCCACUUCCCUCAGCGGCAGCACUACUCCUACGUGCCACUGGCCGACAUCAACGGAGCUGCUUCACAUACCAGAGACGCGGGGAAAUCUAGCUAUAGUCAUUUUGGAUUGGAAGACUCGGAUUCCCAGGAUGAAAUCUGGUCCCCGCCGCUCUCGGAGAGGUCAUAG